UCCCGCACACGGCGUUAGAACUUAUCGCUGAGCUGGCAAGCCUCGCCGCGCCCGUGAUACAGCGGGAUAACGUGCCCAACUCUAUCAAUGAGGAGCUGCUGUCAGCGCUGAUCACGUGCUGCGUGGCGCUGAGCGAGUGCCACUCGCAGGCCAUGGUCAAGGCGUGCGAGGGCGCCGGCGGGCUGGGCGCAGGCGCGGCGGGCGCGCGGCAGAUGAUAGAGCUGUUACUGGCUGCCCAGGGAGCGCCCGGCCACUACCCGCUGCACGAGAACAGGUCCAACCUGGUGUUCGGCUUCUGGUACUCGCUACAGGAUGACGUCCUAUUCGUAAUGGAGGACACCAAGAAAGUGAGCUUCUUCUGGCGCGAGGUGUUCUCGCGACUGCUCGACGCGCUCGUAUGCAAGUCCGAGGCGCCCGACGACGCUGCUAUGUCACGUGAUGACGUCGAGCUGCUGCGCUGCUAUAGACAAGACAUCGCUGACACAGUCAUGUACUGCUUCGGCAUCCUAGGCGACUGGUGCUGGUCGCGCGUGGAAGCGGCGCUGACGUCAUCCGAAACGGAGGCGCGGCGAGAAGCCGCUUUACACGUAUUCGUGUCAUUAGCUGACGCCGCACCGCAUCAACGCGCGCCGGCGGGGCUGUUAGCGUUACUACAGCAAGCGGUGCAAGCGGCGCACACCGCAAGAUCGACGCAGACGUUGCACACUGCGCUCGACUGCCUCGGCAGUUACGCGUCGUGGCUGAGCUCAAUACCGGGCACACGCGGCGCCGAACUCGGUGGAGAAUGCGUACAAGCCGCGGGCGCCGCUUUACAGCGCUGUCCUGCGCCUGCAGCGCUCGCGUUACGAAAGCUCUGCUCAGAUUGUACCGCGCCUGCGACCGCUGUGGCCUCGGAUAUCGUACAAAUUGCGCAGACACAUCUUGAACAGAGCGAGCCGGGCAAAUGCGACGUGUGGGUGGCGCGACAAUUGGCGGGAGCGGCAGGUGCUGUGCUGGCGGCGUGUGAGCCUAGCGUAGCAGCCGCGCUGCUGCGGGGCCCGGCGGCCGCGCUGCACCGCUUGCUGCAGGCGCAGGCUUUGGAACCGCAGCGGUCCAACGGGUCGGGCGAGUGCGCGGCGGUGCUGAUCGAGGCUCUGGGCGCACAACCAGCGCUGGCUGACGAGCUGUUCCGUCUACUGCUGCCUACGCUAGCCGCACUAGCACAACACCCGCCAUUGGUCGAGCCAUUGUUCCAGAUACUGAAACACACCGUGUUAACGUUAUCAAACGAAUGCAACGCUGUGAUAGGAGACAUAGCACAACUCACCAUCACUAGUUUCAACACACAACCGUGUCCUACGGGCCUUGAUGUCGUAAAACUGAUAACCAUGAUCCACGGGCGCGAGUGGGCGGACGCAGGGCGGUUAUUACACGCGUGCGUGGGCGCAGCGGCAAGAGCCGUAUUACGCGAGCCCGGCGCCGCGCCUGAACUGGCUGAAGCGCUUUUUGCGCUGUUGCACACGCUUACUAAGAAGCGCCCGCAGUGUAUGGACUGGCUUGAAGAUCUACUGCCUGACUUGGUCGAGCUCGCGUGCGAGUGCGUGCGCAUGUGGGAGGCGCGUGCGGCGCGCGCGGCGUGCGGCUGGCUGGCCGUGCUGGCGCUGCAGCGGCCCGCCGCGCUGCAGCCGCGCGCUCCAGCGCUUACAGCCGCCGCGCUGAGAUGCAUCGGUGAGUGCGAGUUCUUGGCUACUGUGAUGACAGUGGCGACGUAG